AUGAAGUUCUGCGCGCAGAUGAAGAGCUGCUGCUUUGCGGCGCUGCUGCUGGCGUACGGGGCGGCACAAGAUUCGCAUGACUCCCACUCAGACCACUCAGAUCAUGACUCACACUCAGAUGAAGAGUCCCACGCCGAGCACGACCACGCUGAGACGGCUGUUGUGUACGACAUGGAGCCCGGAUCGUACUCUCUCGCCGCCUUCCGAGCUAGUGAUGGCUCGGAGGUGGAGGAUAUCGGCUUCAUGAUUGUUCCCGCUGCUUCUGCCGACCUAGAGGGGCUUGAGGGAGCCGAGGAGGAUGCCGAUGCAGGCGGGUGA